AUGUCAGACAGGCUCAAGGAACGCAAAAGAACCCCGGUUUCUCAUAAAGUGAUAGAAAAGCGGAGGAGGGACCGAAUCAACCGCUGCUUGAACGAGCUGGGCAAGACAGUCCCCAUGGCCCUGGCGAAACAGAGUUCCGGGAAACUGGAGAAGGCGGAGAUCCUGGAGAUGACAGUUCAGUACCUCCGAGCUCUGCACUCUGCGGAUUUUCCCCGGGGAAGGGAAAAAGCAGAGCUUUUAGCAGAGUUUGCCAACUAUUUCCACUACGGUUACCACGAGUGCAUGAAAAACCUGGUGCAUUACCUCACCACAGUGGAGCGGAUGGAGACCAAAGACACCAAGUACGCGCGCAUCCUCGCCUUCCUGCAAUCUAAGGCGCGUCUGGGCUCGGAGCCCGCCUUCCCGCCGCUCUCGCUCCCGGAACCGGAUUUCUCCUAUCCUGCGGGCCCAGAGUUCGCAGGCCACAGCCCGGGGGAGGCCACGGUGUUCCCGCAGGGGGCUACCCCGGGGUCACUGCCUUGGCCUCAUGGCGCGGCCCGCAGUCCAGCCCUGUCUUACUUGUCCAGCGCGCCGCCGGUACCUCUCCCCAGCCCCGCGCAGCAGCACAGCCCCUUCUUAGCUCCGAUGCAGGGCCUGGACCGGCAUUACCUCAAUCUGAUCGGCCAUGCCCAUCCCAACGCCCUCAACCUGCACACGCCCCAGCACCCUCCCGUGCUCUGA